AUGGAAAAUAGACAAUAUGGUGGCUCCCAGGUAGAUGAACCAUCAAAGUACGGCGUCGUGGUCAUGGAGGAGAAGACUGGGAAAGUAGAGAAGUUUGUAGAGAAACCGAAGAUCUUCGUGGGCAACAAGAUUAAUGCCGGGAUCUACCUGCUGAAUCCCUCCGUCAUCGACCGGAUCCAAUUGCGGCCCACUUCGAUUGAGAAAGAGGUCUUCCCUAAGAUUGCUGCAGAGCAAAAGCUCUAUGCAUUGGUCUUACCUGGAUUCUGGAUGGACAUUGGGCAGCCAAGGGAUUACAUCACAGGCCUGGGGUUGUAUCUGAACUCCCUCCGGAAGAACUCUCCUUCCCGGCUAGCUGUCGGGCCCCACAUUGUGGGGAACGUCCUGGUCCAUGAGAGUGCAGUCAUUGGGGAGGGCUGCCUGAUUGGCCCAGACGUGGCGAUCGGGCCGAACUGCGUGGUCGAGUCUGGGGUGAGGCUAUCCCGGUGCACGGUCAUGCGUGGGGUCCGCAUCAAGAAACAUGCGUGCAUCUCCAGCAGCAUCAUCGGGUGGCACUCUACGGUGGGGCAGUGGGCCCGUGUCGAGAACAUGACCAUCCUUGGGGAGGACGUCCACCUAUGCGAUGAGAUAUACAGCAAUGGUGGGGUUGUGCUGCCCCACAAGGAGAUCAAAUCCAGCAUCCUGAAGCCUGAGAUAGUCAUGUGAGUGAGAGAGCUGACUUGUGUGCCGGAUAUUGAUAAUGUUUUUAGAUGUUUGUUUUCUCUUUUCUUCUCUUUUAUCCUUCUUUCGCUCUCUAUCUCAAGUGUAUCUAAGGUUCGUUGUUUCAGCGAGUUUUGCUGGUCUCUUGUUGGGGGGGCGGGUGCAUACACUGGUUUUGUGGUGUAUUGUCUUUUUACAAGCAAUUCUCGGUGUAUAUACCCGACUGUUUAUACUAGUGGGGACCCUUUGUAAUUUGUUUGGAAUGCCUUUUUUUAUUUUAUAUUGUAGUUUAGUUGCUUUUCUCUA